UCUUUGUAUCCAGCUUUAUCCGAAUUCCGUAUAAAAAGGAAGAGGCUUCAUUGGAUUUUCUGCACUCCAACUUGUUCCACUGCCAUUGAGCGAUAUCCUCAAAGUUCUCAAGAGAAAUUAAACAAAGAUGCGCUUGGCAAUCGUCGCUCUGUUGCUGUCCUGUUGCUGGUCGGCCGCCGUUCUGGCCGAGCCUGAGCCUUACUAUAAUUACAACUAUCUCAGCCCGACUUACUUCCGCAACAGUGGCGGAUAUCCUUAUCCGUCGAUGGCCGAGCAGGUAGGACCGGAGGACGUCGAUGGCCGUUUCUUCAUCGCCACUGUCACGCUGACCCUCUCCACUGUCACCACGACCUCGAUGGCAGUAACCGUGACGACCUGCACCACCACGACGGCCGCACUGUUGGCCUGCGUUCCAGGACGACGCCGUCGUGACAUUUUCCAGGAAGUCAACAAACCCGGACGGGGACUUUAUUACGACGACAACGAGCCGGAAAGCGAAGAAGGCACAGCAUUUCUGCCAAAACCUAAAGAGAUCGAGAAUCAAGUGGAACCGGCCCGUGUUGCUCGUCAAAUGACGUCCGUUCCGGUUGUGAUCGAGCCCGGAUUCAAUGCGCCCGAGGACGUACGUGGCGGCCGAUUCUUGAUGGCGUUCGCCACAUCCACCGUCACAGCCACCUCGACUUCCACCUCGACUUCCGUUCUCGUCGCCAUUUGCAGUAGCACUUCCGCUUUCCGCACUUGCGGUUAAUUUCCCGCGUUCUUUUUCGGCUGUAACCCAAUUUCUAAAAAUGUCGUUGGGGUUGGAAUGCAGGACGCUAUCAUAUAGUUUUGCAUUUCAGUUGAAAUUGAAUCAGCAAAAUGACAUAUUAAAUUAAAUUAAUAUUUAUAUACUUAUUCACAUUAACAGAUAAAUGUAGUUCAAUAGAUGGAAUUGGAAAUAAAAUACACAUGAGAUCAA